CUCGUACUCGCAUUAGCCCCUUCCUCAUCCGCUGAGGAAGCUGAGGAAGCGCUGGAAACCCCAGGAGAGGCAUCAACCGUUAACUCAUGCCUAUUAAAAGCAAUUGGGGGAAAGUUCACGUGCUCAGAUAUUGUGCAAGCACAAAUUCCCAAGGAGCUACACAAUAAAGAUCGUGGUGUCCGACGCACUCGCCAGAAAUGCUAUUUGCGGCGGGUCUGAUUCGUCAUUAAAGUCCGUUGAGAAUGGUCAGGUAAACGAUCGCUCAACAUCCGUCCUCGGUUAUGUACUAGUGUGGGUUUUAAUGUUUUCUCCAGGGCUUUGAAUUAUUUGAGAGCAGAUCACGAUUAAUCAUGUGCUGGAAAGAUGGAGGAGUUGCUACGUCCUUACGUGUGUGUGUGCGAUGUGUGUGAAGAUGCUUUCUGGUCAAGGGCUGACGAAGAAAUAGCUUGGAUCAUUUGCUUGAAUUGCAGACUUUAUAUGUCCAGUCAGCUGUUGUCUAAAAUUUAUGAACAAGAACUGUGAAGGCCUAGUUGCUAAGCAGGGUACGGACAUUUCUCCUAUUGAGGACCUUUUCCAAAAAGUUAUUUUUUUGUGGAGUCCGGAUUCAAUUUUGUGAGUCUCGACCGCAGGGCCGGGCGAUAGGACAAAAAUAUCAUUUCACGAUACUUCAGGACAUUUCUACGAUACACGAUGCGUAUCACGAUAUAUAACUUAGCUAGCAAACUGUCUGCAAAACAGUAGUAAAAUAACCAAAAAAAAAAAACCUUAUACUGAGUUUGACGGUACUUUUCUUUAAUACCUACGAUCAUAAAAAAGAUUAAGUUAAAAGAUUAAAACAUUACCCUACCAACGAUAUCUCAGAAAAGUGUAUUGUGUAAUCAUUUAUCACAAUAUCGAUAGUAUAUCGAUAUAUAUUGCCCAGCCCUACUUGACCAGGGCGUCUGCAUUGUAUGGACUUUAUUUUGUGCUUAAAGCGAUUUUAGCAAAAUGACCUCACAAAAACUGAACAGAUUUACAAAUCAUGAGUCUGGGUUUUAGCAAAUGUUUCUAGCUAGCAUACGGUGUACACCAUAAUUUCGAGUAACAAGGAUACUUAGCUAUACCCACUGGACGAAUUAUGCUGUUACGCAACAUGAUGGAAUGAUCUGGAACAAGAGCUUAGCAGCAGGUUUAGUUUUCCUGAAACUCUAGCAUGUACCUGUGUAAUUACAUGACGUACGUGACAUUACGUUACAUAACUGUAUCACAAUAUCACAAUAUUAUUAGUCAUGUACGCUUUUUAAAGGUAAUAUAGGGAUGAAAUUAGUUAACUUUUGUCGUUUUUUUUUUUGUUUGUUUGUUUCUCAGUCUGGGUGGAGCUUCUAACCUGCCACGUGUCUUCAGACGUUUUCAGAGAAAUUUUGUUAUGGGAGUGCUGUGUUUGUGAAAGAUGCAUGCCAUGCUCCUUCAGCAAUACGAAACCUUAUUUUAGCAAGAAAAGAAUGAGGCCCAACCAAAACAGACAAAAUAGACACUCACAAAAGCAUAGGAAGGAUCUGCUACUGAACUACUACGUCUCAAGAGUACUGAAAAAACUGCCAAAGAGGAACUAUGUGCGGUUUCCUAAACAACCUUUCACUGGUAUGUUAACUAAAUAACAGCUAAAGUGUUUGUGAAAGAUGCGUGCCAUGCUCCUUCAGCAAUACGAAACCUUAUUUUAGCACACGACUGUCUUUAUGUUAGUUUCAAAUUGGGACAGUCUUUAUUAUCUAGGGGCAGUGAUGCUGGCCAAAAUUAUAGCCCACCCGGGCAGACUCGUCCUGAAUGGAAAUUUGGCGUAUUGAUGGUAUUUUAAUGUUUACGUACUGUGUGUAUUAAAUAACAUAAUAUGCUGUAUUGUCUCUUAUUUGCAAAUGCCCGAUGUGCGUCAUAUAUGGAGUAUUCACUCCGGUGGGAAUGAAAUGUGACUUUAAAGUUUAUUUGGAAAGUGCUAACUGUGAUCGAGAGAUAUCACAUUUGCGAAGUCAAAUCAAAUCAUUCGGCCCAUUAGCUAAAUACCCAGGCGUUAAUCAGCUCAAUAUCGUGUGUCAGAAAAGCACAUCUGUGUAGGGUUGUGGCACCUCUGCUUUGGGGUUACUGCAUCCAUUUCAUUAUAGGAGUUUUGUAAUAACAAAUGCAGAACCAAAGUACAAAAAAAAAAAAAAAAAAAACCCUCUCAUAAGGUCACUAUCGGUCAUUAUGACUGUCAUGAUCAUAGGAUCAGAGUUCAAGAACUCAGCCGUGACUCUCAAAAUGUCACGGUGCAGAGAAAGCAAUUUAUUACAUCAGAUUCAUUAUAUAAAUUUAUCCCGAGGAAGAAGUGAUCCGUCCGGCUUUCCGUAAAGAGAAGUGGAAAGCAGAAAAGCAGUGGGUGAAGCAACAGGAAGUCAUCUGGCUAGCCGAACACCUCACAGCACAACCACAUGAUGGUUAGCUGUCUGCACUUUUGCUGAGGCCAUGAAGUGUAAAAAUCAAGUUCCUGUUAAAUUUGGUAGAACCACAGAAAUAGCCACUCACUUGCCUAGUUGCCAAAGUUGUCUUCACUGAUUACAGAGCUCAGUGUCACUGAGAAACGCAGUUACGUGCCUUGGGGCUCAACACUUGGGUUUUGGGAUAUGGUGGACACACAGACGUUUUCCUGGCCCACGGGAUUUGGCCUAAGUGCUCUGGACCUGGAGGGACUUGACGACAGCUCACACUCUCUGGACAUGAAGCCUUUCUCCACGCUCAAUGACUAUACACCCAUCUCUGGCAUCGAGUACGCACCUAGCCCGGGCCAGAGCGAGACGACGCACAUGAUGGAUCUGACGCAUAUGUACAACUACAGAGCCCAAGAGAAUAAUUAUAGAGCUCAUGAGAACAACUAUAGACUGCAAGAGAACGGCUAUAGACCACAAGAGAACAGCUAUAGACCACAAGUGAACAGCUAUAGAGCACAAGAGAACAGCUAUAGUGCACAAGAGAACAGCUAUAGAGCACAAGACACCGGCUAUAGAGCACAAGAGACCAGCUAUCGAGCACAAGAGAGUGGCUAUAGGCCACAGGAAAGCAGCUAUAGAGCACAUGAAAGCAGCUAUAGAGCACAAGAAAGCAGCUAUAGAGCUCAAGAAAGCAGCUAUAGACCACAAGAGAGCAGCUACAGAACUCAGGAAGACAACUACAAAGUACAUGAAACCCAAAGUUCGAUUAAACUCGAGCCCGAGUCUCCACCACAGUAUGGCGAAAACAGCGUGGCGUUCACGAAACAGCACGAAGAUCCAUCCACCUCAGUUUUAAACAUCGAGUGUCGUGUGUGUGGGGACAAAGCUUCAGGAUUCCACUACGGUGUUCAUGCCUGUGAGGGAUGCAAGGGGUUCUUUCGCCGUACAAUUCGCCUAAAGCUAGUCUACGAUCAUUGUGACCUGCACUGCCGCAUCCACAAGAAAAGUCGCAACAAGUGCCAGUACUGCCGCUUCCAGAAGUGCCUGAUGGUGGGAAUGUCGCACAAUGCCAUUCGCUUUGGCCGCAUGCCCCAGGCAGAGAAGGAGAAGCUCUUGGCUGAAGUUUCCUCCGAUCUGGAGCACAUGCACCCGGAGGCGGCUGACUUAAGGGCCCUGGCCAAGCAUCUUUACGAGAGCUAUCUGAAGAACUUCCCCCUGACCAAAGCCAAGGCCAGGGCCAUCCUCUCAGGGAAAACCAGUGACAACGCUCCGUUCGUUGUCCAUGAUAUGAAGUCUCUGCUAGAGGGUGAACAGUUCAUAAACUGUCGUCAGAUCCCACGGCAGGACCAUCACAGGCAUCUGAAUGUGAGCUCAGUUCAGUCAGACCUGCAGCGCGAGGUGGAGCUGCGAUUCUUCCACAGCUGCCAGUCACGCUCGGCCGAGGCGGUCAGCGAGGUCACAGAGUUUGCCAAGAGCAUCCCGGGCUUCUUGAACCUCGACCUCAACGACCAGGUGACACUGCUCAAGUAUGCCGUCAUCGAGGUCCUCAUCAUCAUGAUGGCGCCCCUCAUGAACAAGGAUGGCACGCUUAUCUCGUACGGCCAGAUCUUCAUGACACGCGAGUUCCUCAAGAGCCUGCGCAAGCCCUUCAGCGAGAUGAUGGAGCCCAAGUUUGAGUUCUCGGUCAAAUUUAACAUGCUGGAACUCGACGACACCGACAUGGCUCUCUUCUUUGCCGUCAUUAUUCUCAGUGGAGAUCGUCCAGGCCUGCUGAAUGUGAAGCCCAUCGAGGAUCUACAGGAGAAUGUUCUCCACUCACUGGAGCUCCAUCUUAAAAUGAACCACCCGGACUCCCUCCAUCUUUUUGCCAAAGUCCUACAGAAGAUGACUGACCUGAGGCAGAUCGUGUCCGACCAUGUUCACUUCAUUCAGUUGCUCAAAGAGUCCGAGAUCAACAUGUGUUUACAUCCACUGCUGCAGGAGAUCAUGAAGGACCUGUAUUAGUGUAUGGAUUAGCUUGUAUUAGCUGAACACGUGUGAUCAUGCUUUGGUUUACUGCUGAGGGUCUUUUUUUUUUCCGCCCGUCUGUAAACAGACAGAGGAAGAUGGAGUAAUCUGGUUAGCAGUAUCAGGAUGUUAGACAGAGAAGGUCACUUCUGCUAUAAUGGGAAAGGAAAUAUACUAUAUAUUUUAUAGGGAUGCUCCGAUCAGGAUUUUUGCAGCUGAUACCGAUACCGAUACCGAUCGUUCAAGCUUCAUAUGAGUGAUAUGUUAGCUUUCUGUUGACCGUCACUGUUAACCUUUUUUUUUUCCCCAGAUAAAGUAAUACCACAGAUGUUGCCUUGGUUAUAUUCUUUACAGUAAUGUUGUAGAUUGUUGUUUUAAUUGAGAAUCGAAUAAAUAAGCACGACAAAUAUUCAUUUUAUAAUAAACAUGUUAAUAGGCUUUUAAAAAUACACGGCAAAUGGCGAAUUUUUCAUUGUUUCUUGAGACCUCGUAAUAAUUCCACACUGGUUUAAUGUUUAAACUUUAACGUCAUCAUGUGUUUUACGUGCUCACGUUUUACGCCAUCAAAUUGCGAUCGGUUCGUGAGAUCGGCCAAAUUUAGAGACUAACGAUCGAGUCAUAGAAUGUGAUUAUCGGCCGAUUCCGAUCGGAGCAUCCCUAAUAUUUUAUUGGGUUAAAAAAAUGCAUGCAAGUAUUUGGAGAGAGCUGCCUGUAAACCUGGAUUGGAAAUGGGUUUUUUUUUCCUAAGAAAGUGCACCUUCGUUUAUAUUGUUUGCAAUAGCAGUUGGAGAGUUUUAAGAGUUAGUAAUAAAAAUGUGAUAUGUGAUAAACUCAGAACAAACCUAAAUGAUUUAACAUUUUAAAUUCUUUGCUGACAUGAACAGCUUAAAGUAACAUUAUCUGUGAAUGUUUUUGUGGUUUUUUUUUGUUUUUUUUUACAUUGUUCUCACUGGGGAAUUAUACAUGUGAAAGAUUUAAUUUUUGAUUCUAUAAUGCCUUUUGUAAAUACUAUAAACAGAUUUGUAAUGCCAGCCUCUGUGCAGGCCUUGUCAUGGCUGUUUUGCAUUGAAUGGUCGAUGAAAUGCUUGAAAUUGUAAAUAAAUAUUUUCACAUAACAUCUGCCUCAGCUCUGACCCUGAUUUACACUUACGCAAGUUAUAGCAUGUCGUAUUAAGUCCACCUUCUCAUUUUGCAUUUUUUUUUAAUGGCUGCCUUCUGAUCGUUGGACUGGCAGCCUCAGUUACACGCAAAGCCAUUUCCCAGGCAUUACGUCAGACCUUUAUUGUGUGCCUCUCUCUGAACACACCCUGUAGCGAUUGCAAAAUCUGACCUCCGCCACUCCCCACAGCAGCUUCACAUCUGCCACUUAAUCAUAGAAUUACAGCCAACAGGCAGAAGACGGAAAUGUUUUUAAUGUAACUUUGUUUCCACUGAUUUCUAAACUCAAUGGAUGUGUUGGGUAAUAAAUAUAGAGGGACCGUAAAAAGCAAUGGAUUGUUUACCAAUGUUGUAAAAGGCUGUUUGCUUCUAUAGUUUGGCUCUGGAAUGCUUGUAUGUUUAGCGUCAAGCAAACUGCAUUCCUCAAGAGACUUUAACCGUGCCAUGGAGUAUUUCAGAAACUGCUGAAAUCUCCUGGGAUUUUCCACACACAACUCUAGAGACAAUUUCCACAGAAUAUUGCGAAAACCAAAAAAAAAAAAAAAAAAAAAAAAAACGUCCACAUGGAAAAUGGCUAGACUGGUUCGAGCUGACAUGAAGGCUCCAGUAACUCAAAUAACCACUUUUUACAACCACGGUGAGCAAAAAAGCAUCAAAUACACAACCCCUUCAGGCAGAUGAGCUACAACAGCAGAAGACCACAUCAGGUUCUGCAACAGUCAGCUAAGAACAGGAAUCUGAGGCUAGAGUGGGUACAGGUUCACAGAAACUGGACAGUUGAAGACUGGAAAUCCAUCACGUGGUCUUUAUCCAAUCUUCAACUGUCCGGUUUUGGUGAGCGUGUCCACACUGUGAAGGCCACAGCAUAUGAUAUGAUAAUUUGAGUUGUAUAUUAUACAGCAGAGGUCACCAACC